AUGCUCCUCCCCUCAGCAAUAGGCUGCGAGUCCUCGUCCUCGUCCUCGUCCUCAUCCUCCCUCCCGAAACCAUACUACCAACCCACGACCCUCUUCGCCUCACCACCCAUCUCUCCUCCCUCAACCUCCCACUCAAACAACAACACCUCCUCCACAAACACCACCAUAUCCUCCCUCUACUCAACAUGCCGCGCCCUCCAAUCCAUGCUCUCUCCCCCUCCCACGCACCUCCCCUCACCACCGACCCACCACCUCUCAACCCCCAUAAUCGCCUCCCCCCUCAAACUCAAGCUCCGCACCCGCGGCAUCAAGAACGAACCCGCGGACCCGAACCCGAACCUCACGCCCCGAAAAAAGAUCACGAAACGCACUCCCGUCGUCGCACCACGGGGCAUCAAUAAACGCCGCCGCGCGCUGCUCGACGACUCUCUAGAAACAGGGGACUCGGAAGACGAACAAGAGCAAGAGCAAGAGCAGUUCGAUGGAAAGGAAAACCUGCCAAUCGCACAACACCAACAACAAGUAGAUGGAGAAGAAGAACAACAAGGACCCCCCCGAACACCCAAACGGUUACGUCUCGCACCCGAGAUCCUCCCGUUAGGGCUAGCGCGCAGCGAUUUCCACGCCUUGCAUUUACAGCACCAACUUUCUUCGCAGCCGCUGCAGUUCCCCCCUUCUUCUUCUUCUUCUUUGGAACAGAGAAUGAACGGAGAGUUAGAGGAAGAAGAAGAAGGGGAGGGGGAAUGGACAAUAGAGGACGAUCGUCUACUCGUCGAGCUCGUGCUGGAGAAACUGAAGCUGAGGUGGGUUAUAUAG